UGCAGGCGUGCGGGCCCUGAGAAAUAAAAACAACAAGCCGCCAGCCGCCCGUGAUUUUUCAGGACGACGUCUCUUCACCUUCAACUCGGGCAUUUUGAAGACGGCCAGCGGAGUGCGAGCGUAUGCAGGCGACAUUUAUUUCUCCUCUGUCGAUUAUCUGCCAUCGCGUUUCCAUUCCCCUUUUCUCUUUUGGAGCCGCGCGCGAUAUCCUUGUCGUCUUUGUUCGACUACCUCUGUUUACUCCAGGGACAUCUCGGCGAGCCGUACCAGGAACGAGCCUAAUCUCAGCAAACGGGCCUCGACCACCGCCACAGCACGCUCGCAUCGUGCCCGCCAGCAACAGAAAUUUCAACCGUCGGCGCCAUCAUCACGCCCGCGAAGCCACCCAGCCAGGCCCUAGCAGCGACAAAACUUUGGAUGUUGACGUAGCCCAACACUCUACGGGUUGACCACGCGCGCCUUCGAUCGGGAACCAUUGCACCGCCUGCGAAUUUGUCCGAAACGUUACUCGCAAUCAUGGACUCAAGACCUCACCGCCCGCUCCGCCUCGGGAUGGCCGCGGCCAAUGGAAACGAGAACGCUGCACCGCUCAAGCAGGCAUUACACCAACGGCACAAGUCGACGGGACAGAUCAAGAACUCGACGAGCCUGAUCCCCGGCGGCGGUCUGAAGCUGGCUCCGAAGCGGGCCGCGUUCGGCGAGGUAAACACAAAUGUUCGUGCGGUAGGACUGGAGCUGAACUCCAAGAAGGCGCCCAUGCAGACCAUCAACUCGGGCAAGGAGAACAGCGGCAGCGGCGCCGUCGGCAAGAAGAACACGAUAUUGCAGCAGCCCGCCCAGCGCCUCAAGAUUCACGGCUCCACCGUGAAUCAGACCUCCGUCACCCAUGCUGCCGACGUCUACCCGACGCGUCAGUCAAUGAUCCCCGAAAGCCACCAUCCCAUCACCCGCAAGCCUCAUGUGGAGGCACAAGCCCCGCAAGCAGUGAAGGCUGUCGCCACCAAAAAGGCUUCCUUCGUCUACGACGAUUCCCGGCAACUCGCCCAGGCCCGAGCUACUGACGCUCGUCCUGCGACCGCCGUUGACGAAGCCGCGGCUCAGAUCAAACCUGAGAUGGCUGUUAAGAACCCCCGUCAGUACAAGAGCCAGCCGCACCUCAGGACGGAACAGCCUGCCUUGAGGAGAACGGUGAGCAGGCAGCUGGGCGAAGUCAGGGAACUUCCAAUCGUUGAGCAGCACGAAGUCCCCGACACACCUUACGAGGACGCGCUCGAGGAACUUAUCGAAGCCAACGAGGCUUGUGGCGGCACCUCAAUCUCUGCGUCGGUCGAUAUUGACGUCAGGACUGAGCUCAUUGGGCGCAAAAUGGAGGCUGCUCCUGCAGCUACCGUGGCCUUCGAGUCGGAGGAUAACUGGGACGAAGAGGAUGUGGAGCUUGACGAGGACCAGGGCUACACAACCGCACACUCUUUCAAGUCACAUGGUGACAACACCACCCAAGGUCUUGCUGUUCUCCUCGCGCCCAAGGUCACCGUUCGAAUUCGGGAGGAGCUGGAGCUGGCCAGGAUUGCCGUUGAGGAGUCGCGCACCUUCGACGAGAUCGAGGAGGAGCAGUGGGACGUCAGUAUGGUGGCGGAAUACGGCGACGAGAUCUUCAGCUACAUGCGGGAGCUUGAGACUCGGAUGGCUCCUGAUGCGCACUACAUGGACAUCCAGACCGAGAUCCAAUGGUCGAUGCGCUCAGUCUUGAUAGACUGGGUCAUUCAGGUCCAUCAUCGCUUCUCUCUACUCCCCGAGACUCUGUUCCUGAGCGUCAACUACAUCGACCGGUUCCUCUCCCAGAAGGUGGUGUCAGUUGCGAAGCUGCAACUCGUCGGCGCCACGGCCCUUUUCAUCGCGGCAAAAUACGAGGAGAUCAACUGCCCGUCUGUCAACGAGAUAAUAUUCAUGGUCGACAAUGGCUUCUCGGCCGACGAGAUUCUCAAGGCCGAGCGCUUCAUGCUGAGCAUGCUUCAGUUUGAGCUUGGAUGGCCCGGCCCGAUGAGCUUCCUGCGCCGCAUCAGCAAGGCCGAUGAUUACGACCUGGAGACGCGCACGCUGGCCAAGUACUUCCUCGAGGUGACCAUCAUGGACGAGCGCUUUGUGAGCUGCCCGCCCAGCUAUCUUGCUGCUGGCGCUCACUGCCUCUCGCGCAUGAUUCUCAGGAAAGGAGACUGGUCCCAAGCCCACACUCACUGGGCUGGCUACACAUGGUCCCAGAUUCGCCCCCUUGUGAAGCUGAUGCUCGAGUGCUGCCACAACCCGGAGAAGCACCACCAAGCCGUCUACGAGAAGUACCUCGACCGCAGGUACAAGGGUGCUUCGGCCUACGUCCAGGAACAGAUCGACUACGGCUUCACGCUCCCGCAGCAGGGCCAGCCUGCUCUGCCCGAGACCCCGACGACUCCCGACGAUCUCUUGUCGCACUCUCCAUUCCCUUCGCUCGAGAUGAACCGCCUCAUGGCCAUUGCAACGAGCCAAGCAUGAAACAUGCUAGAAUGCAUGCAUCCGAACGAUACACUCGCCUUUUAACCGCCACAUCGACGGUGGCUGCUUGUGACGCCAGUCCCAACGGCACCAUCGACUAUCUCCUCACCAACGUCGACACACCUUUUGUGUCCACGUCGCGAUAUUGCACGACAACGACCAUGACCUGGCGGACCAUCGGUCCUGAACGCGCAAUAGCUUGCCGGGAAAAGUUUCUCUGACGCGACGGUCUCAUUUAUCUUCCUAUUGUUUAUUAUUUAUUACGCUACCAUCAUGGCCGAUUACGAGAACCACGACAGCAUCCUCCUCGAUCAUAUUUGCCUCGUCGGGACCUCCACACUCACCAUAAUGCUUUUUAAACUCCACACUCUCCCGUCUCUGCACACAUUUACUCAUACGUUUCCCUUCGGGCCUUUGCGCGGCAUCUUUGAAAACUCGCUUCUUGGACGACCAGGUAGAGACGGACACCAACAGGGAACGGACAGCACGCCAGCUCGGGCGUCUGUGCUUGGCUUGCGAGCAAAGUGGGAGGAACCUCGAUUUAUCGGGAAACUAAUUCACCAUGGAAUGAUGGUAUCCGACGGAAAAUACGGCGUUUUACGGAGGCGGAGGGUUUGCAUUUGACACGACUUUGUUAUGUAUUAAAGGUGUACUUUCUGCAGUGGGUUUUUUAAGCCGGGAAAGGGGGAGGAUUAGGCGACAACGAGUGCGUUAACUUCUCUGUUUGCCCUCUUUUCUUUUUUACACGCUUGAUCUUCCACUCUUCUUCUCUGUUGUCUCUACUCCCCCUUCCUGGCGACUUAUCCGGGAAAUUGGCGGUCUGUUUGACUAUUAUUAGACAUCUCGUGGGCAUCCGAGCAAAGGAUUCGUCAGGUAUUGCCUCAAAUACAUCGGUAAUAUGAGUACGAGGUACAAUUGCCGCUGCUUCUUUCGAC